AUGCCGCGACCCUCAAAACCAAUUAAAAGAAGUAUAUUAGAAAGCAGGAAUGCAAAAAUUACAAAAAAUGAAAGAGACUCCGAGAACACGAAAUUUGAAGCUUCAGAAGCAGUUUCAUCAAGAGAUGAAAAAAUAAAUGAUGGACCAGUUUUUAACCUUGUGUUGACACCAGAUAUAUUAAAUGAUCUUGAGAAUUCUUCUUUGGAAAGAAAACUUAUCCUGUCCACAAGAUUUAAUUCUGGUAGAAGUUCCCCCCCUAUUGAAAUUUCAUCUUCAUCUGGCGAUGAAGAAUUUUUCUAUCAUUUAUCAUCAUCUAGAGAAGUGGGACGUUCAUUUCCCGCCAAAGCAUUGUCUUCAUCGGAAGAUAAUAAGAAAUCUUUACUGGGAGAAAAUAGCUCAUUAACAAAUUCAAAUGAAUUGUCUCAAGGGCAAAAUUUAUCAACACCCAAAAGACAUAAAAGAAAAGUAUUUUUAAUUAAACAGAAACCGAAAAAAGAGAUUGAAACGAACAGCGAAGACAACGAUAGCGAUCCUUUUGGGUUCAGAAAAGCUGAGAAAAGGAACAUGGAAAGAAAAGGUCAAAAUAAAUUUGAUAAAAUUUCGGAUUGUUCCGAAAAAUUCGAAGUUACCACCACUAUUAAUAAAUAUAGCCAAUAUAUUGAUAACGUUCCGAGUGAAAUGAUUUCUCAGAGCAUUUCACUUAAUAAAGAAAAUGACGUCAAUGGUUCUGGUGACCUUUGUGAAAUUGAUAAAAAAGACUGGAAGAGAAGUCAGGAGAACAAAGAAUAUAAUACUUCAAUCGAAAACAGAAAAGAUGAUAAUCAGGUUGAUAAUGAUAAUAAUCAACCUAUACAUGAUGAGGAUCACCUUUCAACAGACAUUGAUAAAGAGUCUUUGGAAGUGACUCCCUUAAAAACUGCAAGAGAUAAAAAUAAAAAGGAGGAAAAGAAAUUGCCAAAUGCUACGCCUUCGAAAUUAAGAAAAAUUUCAAAUAUUACAAAAACUGCAGACUUAGUAACUCUCUUACCUCCUCGUCGUCGGCAACGUGCAUCUAAAAACAAGAUUAAUGAUUAUAGCAAUACUCAGUCUGAUGAUGGGGGGGAAGUAGUGUCUCUUUGUGAGGAGGAAAAUUCAAACUAUAAGAAAACACAAAAACGAAAAUUACAAGAAUUACUAAAAAUGCAAAAUGAGAAGAGUGAAAAGAAAAAGACUAGAAGGAUCAAGAAGGGACCUUUCACUUGUGAGCCAAAAGAAAUAGAUGAGAAAAUCAAACAAGAGCACACGAAACGUAUUCGACAUACAGAAGAGAUUGAUAGUUUUGUGCUGGUCGAGGAAAUCGUUUACUAA